AUGACGAAUGAUCAGCCACAACAAGAAGUAGAACCACAACCACAACCACAACAAGAACCACAGCCACAGCCACAACCGAGGAAAAAAAAAAAAAGAACAGCCACAAGACUAAUCGACCAUAAAGAGCCACAAGAAGUUGAUUUCAACAAUAUUGGUCUGUAUGUUAGGAAGAAACAAAGUAAGUUUGCUAACGAGUGUGGUGUUAUUACGAGUAUCCUUAUUCUAAAACAAAAACAGAAACGUUGGAAUAUUCCGAAUGACAACCGUAAAAAAGAUGUGCUUAGAACAUUCAACAGCCAGUUGAGAGCCUUCAAGAAAAGGCUUAAAAAGAAAUGUGAUAACCAAAGAGAUCCACUUGAGACCUACUCAUAUUUGGAAAGAAAUACAUUGCAGAGCUUUAGACAGAGAAUAUCAUCAGAGGAGUUCCAAAAGAUAAGUGAGAAAGCAAGGGCAAGUUCAAUGAAUAAUAAGAAUCUUGCCCGUGUAGGACCACUUGGUUACAGGGGCAAGAAAGCUAAGUGGGAACAAGAGAUGGCAUCUGGUCAAUUGACACCCCAAUUGUAUCAGAUAAAAAGCGAGUGUUCACUACAUUAUGUUAUGGGUAGAUGGUCUAAAAAUCAGUUGGGGUCGAACAUAAUACCACCUACCAUACAACCCAUACUGGACAAGCUUGCAACGAUAAAUCAGAUGGGCUCCCAACUGGCAAAGCUACAAGCACACUUUUACUUACAGCAUGGGUCUACGAACCAUGCCCCAGAUGAUGUAAGCUUAGGGGUUCAACAAAAUAAUUAUGGCUCGACUCCAACAUUAGAUGCUUUGGAUGUGAUAAAGAUGCCUACCCCUUAUGAAUUGGUGUUAUCUUAUGGGGAGUUGUACCAAAAAUGUGUCAAUGGAUUGGUCUUUCCAUAUGGGAAUGGAUUAAUACACACAUUGCCUUUACGAGAAAAUCACAUAAAGGUUAUGAUAGACGACAUCGAUAAUAGAUAUGAAAACUUUCCAAGAAAAUCACCUGGAGGUUAG